UUUGCAGGCCGUAUAUUUUCUGCCACAAUUGCUCAAUUUUGCUCCUAUUGCGAGCAAGCAGCUAUAAACAGUAAUGAAUGACCUGGCUAUGUUCAGAUAAUACUUUACUUACAAAAACAGGUGGAGGGCUAGAGUUGGGCCAUAAUUUGCUGAUAUUUCGUCUGUGGCAUCCGGACCCAUAGAUUGAAAUUUGGAGUGCAGAAUGGGUCCACAGGCCACAGUAGAGAAUCAAAUGUGUAAUGAUUUCAUGUGAAAGAAUUCUGUUCUGGUUCACAAAGAAAUUGGAGCACACAUUCCUGCUAUCCAGAGAAACCUUUCUGAGUUAUCUGAACAAAGCCACUAACCUGCCCUUUGGUCUCCUAGAUCUUACACUAUGGGCUCUGGACAGAAGGGGCUGACAGGAGGUGGGCGGGCAUUUCAGAAAGUCAUUCUGUUUCCCUCAGAACUCUUGAGGGGUUUUUUGCAGCACCAGCCCUGUCUGGUCCAUAUCUUGGCAGCUCAGGGCUCCCUGGAUUUUGCUUGUCAGGCUUUGGCAUUUCUCACGUGCAAGGAAAGACAAUAAGCAUUUCAAGAAAGCAAGAGUACAGCAGAGUUCAUAUCCUCUCAUGCUUUCUACUGUGGGAGAAAACUGGGACUUGCAGGAUAAUCAACACCUGACUCACUAAAGCAUUGCUAAUCCACCGCCUCCAGAGGAAAGCUGUGCUGCUCCCCUUGCUUGUCAGCAGGGCAGUCGUGUGAAUUGGUGUUCCCUGUACCCUGAGCCCAGCUUUGAGAACCUUUUUGUUUUCCACCCAUGAACUGACAAUGAGCAGGAUCUUCGCCUUCUGCCUGCACCCCUCAAAAUGAUAUCUGGCACCAAUUCUGGCCCAGUCAUUUGUGAUCCAUGGCUCUUGUGAUAUGCCGAAGAUUUCCAGGCAGUUUCUGUGGAACGCCUCCCUGUCCAGCUCUAAUCAAGCACCAUAUAAACAAGAAAUUGCUUGGUCAAACCUGUGAGGACUGUGUUCUGACUGCCAAAACGAUCAGUACUGACACCAGAAUGGUAGCCACUCUCAAGUUAUUAAAACCUUUAGGAUGUCGAGUGUUUUGCAACCCUUUUGCUUACAGUGCAACCCAAAGUGUGGCAUAUUGGAAUGUGGGAAACUGCACACGGCACAAGGGACAGGACCCUCCAGAACACAGUAGUCUCCGCCAUCCUGCCAGAAAAGUUGAGCACAUUUGUAGCACCUCCUCUUCUCGGGGGAUCCUGACGACCAGCGGUACCCUCCUGGGUUUGGAGUUCAGCAGGGCUUCUGCCUCUAAGGCCAGCGCAUUGAAAUCAGGCUCCCCUAGGGCUACGAAAGGCGAUGAAGAGGAUGUAGAAGUUUUUGAUUCCUUUGAAGACCCCCGAGUUUUCCUCCAGCUAAGACCAGAGUACCAGCUUCACAGUUAUAGCAAAUCUGAGCCUUGUCAGCCCCUGUCUGUUUCAGAAGGUGAACUGAUUUUGCACAAAGUCACAGUUUAUCAAAAUAAUCUCCAGCCUCAAAUCAUUGCUGAUUAUUUCUGUAAGCUGAGCUCUAUGCCUUCAGAGCAACAUCCUGUUUUGCUGUCCAGUGCCAACUUUGCAUUGCUCUGCCAGCUGAGUGUGAAAAACAUACAUCUCUUUGAGACCCCAGAUCUGAUCAGUAUUUUGAAAGCCUUUGUCAGUUUAGGAAUCCCUCAUUCCCAUUCAGUGCUAGAUGUGUAUGAAACCAGAUUUUGCCAUAAGGUGUGGGAUAUGAAUCUGGAUCAGCUACUCUUGGUUGCUGACCUCUGGCGAUACUUGGGCCGCAGAGUGCCUCGGUUUUUAAAAAUCUUUUUUAGUUAUCUUCAUUUGCACUGGAAAGACCUAUCCUUGUCCCAGCUGAUUCACCUGAUUUAUAUUAUAGGUGAAAAUCGUCAGGUACCCCAGGAUCUAAUGCAAAAACUGGAAUCAUUGAUCCUCAAGUAUAUAGAUUUUAUCAAUUUAGAGGAGGCUGGUACAAUCUGUUUGGGGUUCUUUAAAUCAAGUAGUAGUCUCUCAGAAUUUGUCAUGCGGAAAAUUGGAGACUUGGUGUGUGCUGACAUGCAGCAUCUGAGUAGUUAUGCCUUAGUGAAUAUUCUUAAAAUGUUCCGUUUCACUCACGUGGAUCAUGUAAAUUUCAUGAAGCAAUUUGGGCAGAUUGCUCCUCAGCGAAUUCCUUCCCUGGGAGUUCAGGGUGUCAUGCACCUGACUCUUGCCUGCUCUGCCUUACGCAUCUUGGAUGAAGGGGUAAUGAAUGCUGUGGCUGCUUCUGUGCCUCCUAGGGUAGCAUACUGUCGAAGUAAAGAUGUUGCCAAGUUUCUGUGGUCAUUUGGAACUCUGAAUUAUAAGCCACCCAAUGCAGAAGAGUUUUAUUCUAGUCUGAUAAAUGAGAUUCACAGAAAGAUGCCUGAGUUCAACCGUUACCCAGAACACCUGCUCACUUGCCUGCUGGGUCUUGCAUUUUCUGAGUACUUUCCAGUAGAGCUCAUCAAUUUCGCUUUGAGUCCAGGGUUCGUCAGGUUAGCUCAGGAGAGAAGUAAGUUUGAACUAAUUAAGGAGCUGUAUACUCUUGACGGUUCAGUUGGCAUUGAGUGUCCAGAUUAUAGAGGCAACCGUCUUAGUUCUCACCUUCAGCAAGAGGGGUCAGAAGUACUGUGGAAUGCAGCUAGGAAUGAUAUGAGCUCAAAGCCUGAAUUCCUAGAAGCUCUCUUUUUACUUGAGACCAUGUUGGGUGGGCCCCAGUAUAUCAAACACCAUAUGAUUUUGCCUCAUACCCGAUCUUCUGACUUGGAGGUCCAGCUUGAUGUUAAUAUGAAGCCAUUACCAUUUAACAGUGAAGCCACACCUACUGAAGAUAUAGCCAAAUUAAGGUUCAAGCAUGUGGGAAUCAAUCUUACAGAUGAUUUGAUGAAUCAGCUACUAAAGGGGAAAUCAGGAGGUCAUUUCCAGGGGGAAAUUGUGACAGAGACUGGGCAGCAGCCCAUGGAAUUAGAGAAGAAAGCAUCCAUACCCUUGAAGGCCUCCCUUAACAAUGUGGCAGACAGAUUGGGGGCUAUGGAGAUGGCUGGCCCAUGCCCACCAGCCUGCAUGCAGGCCCCGCAAGUGAAGCUGGCUAUUCAGUUGACAAACAAGAACCAGUAUUGCUAUGGUACCAGGGAUCUGCUUGGAUUGCACAAUAUGAAGAGGCGGCAGCUGAAUCGGGUUGGGUACCGUGUGGUAGAGUUAUUCCACUGGGAAUGGCUCCCACUACUGAAACGAACUCGCUUAGAAAAGCUGGCCUUCCUCCAUGAGAAAGUGUUCACCUCUGCUCUCUGAAGGGCCUUCUAGCAUUUCUGCUCUUAAAUGCUGUAGAUAUGCACUGUACCAUGUUGUGAAACAGUUAUAAAAGCCAGAAUGUUGGUUUGUAAUAAACUUAUCUGUUGAGGAGA